AUGGAGCUGGCGAUGGAGAACCUGGGCAGCCUGCACGGCGUCCCGCACUCGCAGCCCGCCGAGCUGCUGAGCCCCGCGCACGGGCGGCAGAGCUCGCACCGCAACCUGGUGCCGCACGGCCGGCCCGCCAUGGUCUCGGGCAUGGCCUCCAUCCUGGAGGGGGGCGAUUACCGCGGCGAGCACAGCCUGGGCGCCCCGCUGCACCCCGCCAUGAGCAUGUCCUGCGAGUCGCCCUCCGGCAUGAGCCUGAGCAGCACCUACACCACGCUGACCCCCCUGCAGCACCUGCCGCCCAUCUCCACCGUCUCGGAGAAGUUCCACCACCCGCACCACCACCACCACCACCACCACCCGCACCAGCGCCUGGCCGGCAACGUCAGCGGCAGCUUCACCCUGAUGCGCGACGAGCGGAGCUUGGCCUCCAUGGGCAACCUCUACAGCCACUACCCCAAGGACAUGCCGGCCAUGGGGCAGCCCCUGUCGCCGCUGCCCAACGGGCUGGGCAGCCUCCACAACGCCCAGCAGCCGCUGGCCCCUUACGGCCCCGCCGGCCACUUGCCCAACGAGAAGAUGCUCUCGCCCAACGGCUUCGACUCGCACGCCGCGAUGCUGUCCCGGGGCGAGGAGCACCUGGCGCGGGGGCUGGCGGCGCCCAGCUCGGCCAUGAUGCCGCCGCUCAACGGGAUGCACCCGCACGGCCACCCGCACGGCCAGCCCGGAGCAUCGCUGCUGGGAGAGCGGGAGCGCCCCGCGCCCGGCCCCGGCUCCCAGCCCGGCGGCUCCGGGCAGGUGGAGGAGAUCAACACCAAGGAGGUGGCUCAGCGGAUCACGGCCGAGCUGAAGCGGUACAGCAUCCCGCAGGCCAUCUUCGCUCAGAGGAUCUUGUGCCGCUCCCAGGGGACCCUCUCGGACCUGCUGCGGAACCCCAAGCCCUGGAGUAAGCUCAAGUCCGGCCGGGAGACUUUCCGCAGGAUGUGGAAAUGGUUGCAGGAGCCGGAAUUUCAGAGGAUGUCGGCGCUCAGGCUGGCAGCUUGCAAACGCAAGGAGCAGGAGCAGCAGAAGGACAGGAGCCUGCAGCCCAAGAAGCAGCGGCUGGUCUUCACGGACCUCCAGCGCCGCACCCUGAUCGCCAUCUUCAAGGAGAACAAGCGCCCGUCCAAGGAGAUGCAGAUGACCAUCUCCCAGCAGCUGGGCCUGGAGCUCAACACCGUCAGCAACUUCUUCAUGAACGCCCGCCGGCGGUGCAUGAACCGCUGGCAGGAGGAGCCAGGCGCCAACCCCGGAGUCCCCUCGUCUUCUACAAGCACUUUCUCCAAAGCAUGAUGUCCCCCCGGCCCUCCCCGCCCCUUCCUGGACAUCCCCCUCAUGACAAAGCCAACCCAGACUCACACGCAUGUCCCGGGCCUGUUGGGGUGGGUGCUUUUGGGUGCUGUGGGUCCAUCGGCCUCCCAAGCCCUCAGAUGGGCAUCAUCCCCGGGCAUGGGGCCUCGUGCCACAUCCUGCUGCCUCGUCCUCCCGGCUCCUUGAGCGGGGACAGGGUUUGCCACCAGGUCAGCUCCGUCCCCGGGAGGGCUCAGAGGAAACCCAUGUGGAGCGAGGGAUGAUGUGGGGUGGAAGGAGAGAGAGAGAGAGAGAGAGAGAGAGAGAGAGAGAGAGGUGCUGUUUGGAAGCAUCCCUGGUCCUUGGGGAUCACAGAACCUUCUCUUCACCUGCCCACGAGGGUUUUUGGAGAGAGGGGCGCACCCUGAUCCCCCAACCAACCUUGACCUCGGUCACAGCCACCCUGGUGGCUCCCACAGUGGAGGGGUAGAGCUGAGGGAGAUACAAGAAGUGGCAUCACGGGCUGGGCUGUGGCACAGCCCCACUGAACCUGGGCCUGUGGUUCAGAUGAAGAUGAGCAGGGACAACACUCCUGCCGUGCCUGGAGGGUGACCAGGCUCCUGCCAGGUCUCUGGCUGCUGAAGUUUUUUACCUCCCUGAGGUAAAAGGCAGCCAGACCCUCCCUGCCACUGACACACACAGCG